CGGCUUAUGGACACUAGGCUCAGAUUGACUUGUUGAUGGGGCAUCUAAUAGAAGCAGUGCGAGAAGGAAGCUCGGAGGCUGUUCAAAUCGCUCUAACGGCCAGAGCGGACGUGAACCUAAGGGACGAAGAGGGUUGGACGGCGUUGACAUUGGCGGCCGCAGACGGCAGCGUGGAUCUUCUUGAACAGCUACUUGUAGAACCAAAUGUAGACAUUGACUACCCGAACCACUGGGGAGAAACAGCUCUAAGUCGUGCUGUGUUCAUCGGCAACGAACGGAUCGCAAAGUUGUUGCUGGACGAAGGAGCCAAAGUUGAUUUAGCCGAUGAAGACGGAGAUACGCCACUUCACGUCUCGGUGAUUUCUGGGCGAUUAGAUUUGGCGUAUUUGCUGCUGGAGAAUGGUGCUGAUGUGAUGGUGAAGAACAAGAGUGGGAAUACGGUGCAGGACUUGGCUCAUAAAUAUGGAAGGAAAGAUUUUGUGGCGAUACUGGGAGAUUAUCGUAGAGAUAGUAUGUGGACUACUGUUCUGGAAGCUGGGAUCAGGGUAUCAUCGUACUUUGGUGGAAUGAUCAAUGCAGGGAUAAUUGAAGGUAAGAAAGGCGUUGAAUGCACCGUCCAAGUGUGUGUAGAACAAAACAACCAACAUGAUGAGGACAAGUCGAAACAGUCCGAACUGAGCUUUACGACUUUGCUACCUGAACUGCUGGUGCUGUGUGCUGGGAUGGUGGAGACUCAGGAUAUGUGUGAAGACAUUCUCGAACGCCUUCAGAGAGUGCAGAAUUAUUUUGCGGAGAACGAAGAAAUUGCGGCUAUUCCAGCUAAAGAUUCCUUUCCACUUGUCACCGCUCGCUUUCACGCGUUUUUGGAGCAGCACAGCAACCACAGCGCGGUUGAGAGAUUGGCUAGCACUCGUACGAUCCUCGGUCUCUUACGAGGCUUUCAUGAUGAUAUUGAUGGAAUAGUUACCCAAUCCGAUCUUGCUGAUUCUACCUCCAUCGCUUUUAAUUGGAAGGAAAAGUGGGAGAAGGAUGUGUUAGCAGUGGAGAAUCGCCUGAUAAAUUCGUGGAAAGCGAACUCGUCCGAAUUAUCCCGUGAGCUUCCUGAUGCAGCCUCGCAAACUGGGGCGCUCCUGCUACUUAAUAGUGAAGCUAUGCGUCACAAAAACGGAUACAGUGCUCGCUCACAACACUUACUGGAAUCCGCGUCGAAGAAGAUUGCUCGAAUGUCUGGGGCUCCCAUUCCAGAGAUACCGGAAUGGUUUAUCCCUUGUCACGAAGUCCAGCGACACUCGAAGCCGUUUGCCUCCGGGUCGUACGGCAGCAUCUAUCGGGGUAUAUGGAGAGGUUCGAAAGUGGUGAUCAAGUGCAUGACUGUGAAUACACCAUUCGAGAAGAGAGCUUUUCUGCGUGAAGCAAAGAUCUGGCAUAAGGCGCGUCACCCGCAUAUUAUUAACUUCUUUGGCGCCUGUUGCAGCAGUCAUCCGUGCUUUUUCGUUUGCGAAGAGGCUGUAAAUGGAAAUUUGGCCGAGUAUCUUGACAAGAAAAAGUCACGUGGGCGAGAAUUAGUGUGGAGUAAGCUCCAUGAAGCUGCCUUGGGACUUGAAUAUCUCCACCAAAAUGGCAUUGUUCAUGGUGAUUUGAAAUGUAACCAGAUUCUAAUCAAUGGUGAAGGUACAGCAAAGCUGACGGACUUUGGAUUUAGCUUUGUGUUGUCAGAAUCAAAGCCUAAAGGAGCCGGUGGAGCUACACGGUGGAGAGCACCGGAAUGUCUGGGCUAUAAGGAGCAGAUGCCUACAUUUGAGUCGGAUGUGUACUCUUUUGGAAUGUGUGUAGUGGAAGCUAUGACCUAUGAUGUGCCCUGGGGAGUCUACCUGCCAGAUGUUGCUGUAGUGGACCAUCUUCGGCAUCGUCAAUUUAUCCCUCGACCAAGCGUUUUUAGCGAUGCUGAAUGGGAUUUUGUGCUAGCAUUGUGCGCUUUUGAACCUUCAAAGCGUAUCAAACUGAGAGAUGCUAUUGAACAACUGGCGAGCUUUGCUAGUGAAGAGACAGAGUGUUGCAUUUCUUUACGAGCUGGAAACCACAACAACCAAAGCAUGAUAAGAUUCUCGAAGAAAUCGUCACAGCAACUCUUGGAAGACAAGAAUAUGGAGCAGGAGCGUGAAGCCAAGAGUAAAGUGUACUGUGCAAUGAUUUCGUUGCGUUGUCGAAGGAAUUAUCUGCGCUUUCGAUAUGCAGUACAGACAAUCCAGAUAGCAUUUCGCUACAAAAAGAGUGUGCACCUGAAACGAGAAUCCAUGAUGCGCAAUGUCUCCGCAGAUAUUAUCGUUGGGUUAUUCCGGAUGAUCAACGAGAGGAGAAAAUAUUUGCGCUUUGUGUGCGCUUUGCGUGUUCUGCAGUGUUGUUAUCGCUACCGCGAAAAACUCCGAGUAAAAGCUGCAGAGCCUACCACGGCAACAUUGCUAUCGACAGAGAGCCCGUCGUCUCCGGGGCAUACUAUCGACCUUCCUCAGCAAUUACAGGCCGAUCACUCGUUUACACCGCAGUGGGUGAAUGAUGAAGAGCGCCUCAGUUGCGUUGUAUGUUAUAAAGAUUUCACGGUGUUUCGACGGAAGCAUCAUUGUCGUGUAUGCUUGGAAAUCAUCUGCGGUAAUUGUUCGCUAACACGGAAGAGAAUGCGAGUAUGCGUUAUGUGCGCUGGACUUCGUCCUCCAAGAUACCCAACUGCAACGCAACCUCAAACAGAUCGUCGGGGUCGAAUUUUAAGCAAUGCUGGAGGCUUUCUUACUGGCCUUGGAACACUUUUUCAAAGUAGGAGAAAUGAACUUGAGCCUCACAGUGUAGUUAGUUAUGGACCUAUCGUUUUGGCCUCAACAGAGCUCAAUGGACAAGAUGGCCUGUGGCAGGACGACGACAUCACGGCUGUGCGAAUCCCUCGAGACGAAGUCACGAUAUUGGAAACUCUUAGCCGGGGGGCAUAUGGCUCGGUUCAUCUGGGUACUUGGAACGACAAACAGGUCGCCAUCAAAACUCUUCUUCCAGAAUCACGCAAGAAUCUUUUCGAUAUCAAUCAGUUCCUAAUGGAAGUCAAACUAAUUGCGGCGAUGGAGCAUCCAUGCAUCGUGAAUCUCUUUGGUGUUGCGUGGAGCUCACUAGCAGACAUGUGCAUGAUACUUGAAUAUAUGGAUGGUGGAGACUUACGGUCAUUGCUCGACAAGUAUAAGGAGGACCAGCACCCGCUGGGCUUUGAUGCUAACAAACUAUCCAUUGCGUUAAACGUGGUUAGCGCUCUAACGUACCUACACUCGUUGUCACCGCGUGUGAUCCAUCGUGACUUAAAAUCGCUUAACAUACUUCUGAAUAGCGCAUUAGAGGCAAAAGUGACCGACUUUGGUGUAUCGAGAUCAUAUGAGGAUCGUACAAUGACUGCUGGUGUGGGGACAGGUCUUUGGAUGGCUCCCGAAGUGAUGUCAGGAGAAGCAUACAACGAGAAGGCGGACAUGUUCUCUUUUGGAAUUGUGUUGUCUGAGUUGGACACGCACAAUGUGCCACACGCUGAAAACAGCAAUGUACCCCCUGUGAGAUUAAUGCAAAGCAUACUAAUGGGUGAGAUCCGCGCCCAGUUCUCGCAGGCUGGACCACAGGCUGUUGUAGAAUUGGGAAACGCUUGUCUCUCACUCGACCCAGCAGACAGACCAACGGCGGCUGAAGCAAUGUACAAACUCCACUGUAUUUUGCGUGAUCUGAGUUGA